CAAGAAGCACGUAGCAUCGGCAGAAAAGGAAGAAUGGAGACCCGCGGGAGUGAGCGGCCACGCCGGAAAAGAGCUCGGACUUCCGAAACCUUCUCUUACCAUCGCAACAAAAGCCUUGGAGUAGAAGAUGUUGAUGCCGACACCAUCUUGGCUCUGUUAUUCGCAGCAAUCCUCAACUCUCACAGACCCGAGUCCCUCUCCUUGAUCGAGAAAUGCUUAAUAAAGCUCACUCCCUCUUUUCUCUCACAAAACCCCAACCCCAUCCUCUCUUUGCUCCCAUUCAUUCUCACUUCCAAAAGGGCCGAGAUAGCGUCUCGCGGGGCGGAGAUUGUGGGCGCGGCAUCGCUUUUUUCGCUGGAAAUGAACGAACAGAUUGCUUUGGAUGGUGAGAUUGUGAAAGGUUUGGUCUCGGCGUUGGGGAGUUCGAAGAGGAAUGUGUUAAUGGCUGCCUGCAAUGCUGUUUUGGAUAUGUCGACCACCUCGGUUGCUCGGCAACGCCUGCUGGAACUUUCCGCUUUGGAGAGUCUUAUGUUUGGAUUCCUUCAGGUUCCUAAAUUUUCAAGGAUGCUAGUUUCUAUAUGCUCUGUGGAUGAUGGAAGUGUUACGUGUUGCAAGAUUGGAAUUGAGGAAGAUGAAUUUCCAGUAUUACUUCUUACUGCAUCCAUAAUUCUCAUCAACUCCUGCAACAUUGAGCAAUUGGAAAAGAUCCCCAGAAACCUCUCUAAAACUUUCUUGGCCUUUUUGAGAAAGCUGUGGGCUGAAGUGCAUAAUGAAAUGUUGCUUGCCAACACCAUGAAAUCCAGCCAAGAGGCAUGCAUUUAUAUAAGCAAUAUUAGGAUUAACAAUCUGGCAGAAAGCAUCUUUAGGCUUUCCAUUAGUAGUAGUCAAGUUACACCAACUUUGCCUUUGGAGGUGCUUAAAAGAAGUAUUUUUGGUUUGAGUAAAUCUAGUUUUGAAGAUUUCAUGUUUACUCAUUGGGAGGUAUCACCAUUUCUCAUACAAAGACUUUCAAGGGCUUUAAAUGAGGGUGAUGAUAUUUUCAGUUCAUUUGUACAGUCUCUACACUUGACUAAAACAGUUCCUUCCUUUCUUUCUUCAAUCCUUCGGAAUUUAGUUUCUUGUUUUCCUAUUGCUUCAGAUGAACUAGACAUCCUUAGUUUCUUAAAGGAGGUGGGAAAUAAAUUGGGUUGCCCCAUAAUCUAUCAGCAGGACAUAAGAGUGUUAAGAACAGAAAGGCAAUUGAAAAGAGAGGUACAUUUCUUUCAGGAGAGUUUGGACUCUUGCUGCAAAAAGGGUUCUCACAUUUUUAACAUUGAUGAAGUAAAAAAAUGUGAAGAAGCAUAUAAAGAGGGUUAUACAGUUGCUGUUCGUGGCAUGGAAUUCCGCUUUGAGAGUAUUGCCGCUAUUGCAAAUGGAUUAGCAUCUCUCUUUGGUCAACCAUCUGUAGGUGUCAAUAUGUACUUGACACCACCUAAUUCUCAGGGUUUGGCUCGUCACUUUGAUGACCAUUGUGUGUUUGUUUGCCAACUUUUUGGUACUAAGCAAUGGACUGUUUUUCCUCAGCCGAAUGUCCAGUUACCUCGCCUAUAUGAUCCUCCUGAUAGCCUAUAUGUUGCAGAGGCUGAGGUCUCAGUGGCCGACUGUAGAAAGAUUUCGCUAAAGGAAGGUGAUAUUUUGUAUGUUCCCAGAGGUUUUCCACAUGAGGCAUGUACAGAUAAUGGUGGUCCCAAUGGUUCUGCUGGAUGUUCCCUGCACCUUACACUUGGUAUUGAGGUUGAACCACCUUUUGAGUGGGAGGGAUUUGCUCAUGUUGCGCUUUGUUGCUGGAACCAGAGCCACAAGCAACCACAGGAUCUUCAUGUUAUUUCUGUCAAUCUCUUGCAUGUUGCAAUCGGGCUAUUAGGCAAUUCUGAUCCUACGUUCCGGAAAGCUUGCUUGGUUGCUGCAAUUUCUUUGCCAUCAGACACCAGAUAUCGGCUUGAUCUGAAUCAGAGAACCAUUUUCAGCCAUUUGAUUGAUAAAAUCAAUACAGAGUCAAGGUUCUCGGAAGCCCUUAGGGGCAUAGAAGUAGCAAUUCGGAAAAAAGAAGAUCCCUUUCAACGGAUCCAAUGGCUCCGGCUUCUCAAUCUGGAUGGAGAAACCAUUGAAGGACAUGAUUCGAAUUUAUCUUUGAUGGAAAUGGCUAAGUUAUUCCCUUUAUGUGUUGAACAUAAAGAAAAGGUAGAAGCAGCUUUCAUGCAUGUAAAGUCUAGGUUCUGUGAUGAGGUGUUAUUUGGCAAUGUACUAAAUAGUUAUAAAAUGCUGCUUGACAAGUACAAGAAGGCCAGAAAGCAGUAUAUGGAUGGAAUGAUUUCAUUGCACCGUACAUCGUAAUCUCUCUUUUAUGUAUGUCAACUUCUUCGAUGAUA